AAAAAGGAAUUGAAACUUUUGUAAAAGUUUUGGAGAGAUUAGUUUUGAUGUGGAGUGUGGGGGUGGAAAUAGAAUUCAACGCCUAAAGAUCAACAUGCCCAUCCCAGAAAAUCCCAUCAAACAAUUCACCGCAUCUCUCUUUGAUUCCUUCACCACGGCGGAAAUCUGCAGAAAGUGUUACCACGCUCCACCGCCUAUAAAUUCCAACUCAUCACCUCGAAAUCCCGGAAAGGAAGUCAAUUUGAUCUCCCUUUUAACAAAAUUUCAUUGAGUUUCUCUCGUUACACUCGGAAAACUUCCCCCCCUCCUUUUUUUCUCCGUAUCUCUCUCUGUUCAAGGUUUCUUGAGCGAUGAUGGUUCACUUCAGGAUGAUUAAAACCCACCAAUUAUUGUUGAUGUUCUUGGCAAUUCUCGCCGUUUCUGGUAUCGGCCUGCCGGGAGUACAAGCCGUUAAAGCGCCCUUUCGUCCCGGGGAUGUAUUGCCGUUGCUUCCGAGACAAGUUUCGUGGCCUAUUCUGAACGCUCUCAACAACGCGGCGGACCUGUUGCCGUCCUUUGUUGGGGCUGCUACUGCUUCUAACAAUUCGCUUUUGAACUGGAAAGGAGCUUGCUUUUACAAUAGCACUGCUUGGUUGGAGUUCCACAACAACAGUAGAAGUGAAUUUGGGGGUGGUACUCUUCAUAUUAAGGUGAGCAGUGCACAUAGUUGGACAUGUAUGGAUCUUUAUGUAUUUGCAACCCCAUUUCGGGUGACGUGGGAUUAUUACCUUUUAUCUCGAGAACACACUAUCGACUUUAAAGAGUGGGAGUCAGAAGCUGAAUAUGAAUAUGUCAAAAACAGGGGGGUUUCUAUUUUCCUCAUGCAAGCAGGGAUGCUAGGAACCCUUCAGGCUCUCUGGGAGGUGUUCCCUUUAUUCACGAAUACUGGAUGGGGUGAGAAUUCUAAUCUUGCAUUCCUUAAAAAGCACAUGGGUGCUUCCUUUGAAGAACGGCCUCAACCAUGGGUCACCAACAUUACUGUGGAGGAUAUCCACUCUGGAGAUUUCCUUGCAUUAUCAAAAAUUCGAGGCCGAUGGGGUGGUUUUGAGACUCUAGAGAAGUGGGUGACUGGAUCUUAUGCUGGUCACUCUGCUGUCUGCUUAAGGGACUCUGAAGGAAAGCUGUGGGUUGCAGAAUCAGGGCAUGAGAAUGAGAAGGGAGAAGAUGUUAUUGCCAUUUUACCAUGGGAUGAGUGGUGGGAUUUUGAGCUGACAAAGGAUGACUCCAAUCCACAUAUAGCAUUGCUUCCUUUGCAUCCUGAACUCCGGGCCAAGUUCAAUGAAACCGCUGCCUGGGAAUAUGCAAAAAGCAUGUCUGGAAAGCCUUAUGGUUAUCAUAACUUAAUAUUUAGCUGGAUCGACACAAUCAGUGGAAAUUAUCCAGCACCUCUGGAUGCUCACCUGGUUGCUUCUGUUAUGACUGUUUGGACUCAGAUGCAGCCUGCAUAUGCUGGUAACAUGUGGAAUGAAGCAUUGAACAAACGACUUGGAAGUCAGAACUUAAGUCUUUCUGAAGUUCUUGUCGAAGUCGAGAAACGUGGAUCAUCUUUUGGUGAGUUGUUGGCAAUUCCUGAGCAAGAUGAUUGGGUUUAUGCUGAUGGCAAGUCGACUUCAUGUGUUGCAUUUGUCUUUGAAUUAUACAAGGAAGCGGGUUUGUUUGGUAAACUUGCAAGCUCUAUUCAGGUGACUGAAUUCACGAUAAAAGAUGCUUACUCUCUCAAGUUCUUUGAAAACAAUUCAAGCCGUUUGCCUACGUGGUGCAAUGAUGUGGACACUGUAAAACUACCCUUCUGUCAAAUUCGAGGGAAGUAUCGGAUGGAAUUACCUGGAUACAAUACUAUGGAUCCUUACUCUCACAUGAACGAAAGAUGUCCAUCCUUGCCACCGAAAUAUUACAGGCCACUUGGAUGCUGAUAUGCUUUGUUGCCUUGUUUUUCAGUUUAUAGUGCUCAGUAUUUGGUAUACUAGUGUUUUAGGUUGUGUAGAGCUGUUGUACGGCAUAUUGUAUAUAUCAGUAGAUCAACAUGUAAUAUGAAACCGUUACAAGGUUGCCAACUGAAUGGAGGAACCAAAUAUAAACAGAUUCUAAGUGGGACAAUAGUUGUUUUUCUUUUGUUUAUGGUCUCUGGGGAUUCGACAAUAACUCAUUAGUAUUAAUAUGGCAAGCCAUUAUAUUCUCGAGGGCAUAAAUAACUUAUCAUCAGGUAUCUUAUUUAGAAUAACUUAUCAUCAGGUUUCUCUGGCAAGAUCUAUCUCAAGUCAAAGCAGCUUCUUCAACACAAGUUGGACUGGGAGUCCUUGAGUAGGUGCAGACAUUGGGUCUCGUCUGAAGCUGUCAUCGUUUGAACCAGAUUUUCUACGUAGAAUGAGUGAUCAGAUGAUGAAUUGUGACUAGAGUUUCAAUCUUGGUGAAGUCGUAUCCUGGACAAAUAUGAGGCCCCUUCCAAAUGGAAUGUAACAAUAAGGUGGUAUGGCUGCUGGAUUUCCAAACCGAUCUGGAUCAAAUUUUGAUGGUUCUGGAAAAAUGUCUUGCGUCCAUUUGAAUCAUGCUUGUGACCCAGAAUAUCUGUUUAUAAACAGAAGGGUCUGUGGUUGAAGCGUGUGAAGGGCAUGUGAUUGGGAUUGACCACAUCCCUUCAAUCAUCUACUGGAAAUACUCUACAAAUGCGUUGUCAUGCUCCU